AUGUUGGAGCCCAGCCAGCCUAAUUUUGAUUUCUUCUCUCCCUCACCAAUGCAACAACAACAACAACAACAACAACAACCCGCGCCGUCACAGGCACAGUUUAUGCAGGCACCACAUAUUUCCACGGGUGGGAACGCAAUGCACCCUCCCACAGGAUUUGGGUCGAGCGGCGUUUCGCCGCCGCCGCUGCCGCCGCCAGCACCACAGAGCGAUGACCGUGUUUACAAGGGUGCCCACCCCUUUGUCGCCUUCUUUCAUGUCGCCUUCAAGGCGGGGGCACUUCUCACCUUUAUUCUGGGCAGCUUGUUAAUCUCCAGCUACGUUACCAUAUUUGUUGCCACCAUCCUCUUCCUGGCGGCGGACUUUUGGGUUACCAAGAAUGUGAGUGGACGCCUGCUUGUCUGCCUGCGCUGGUGGAACGAGGUGAAGGAGGACGGCUCGACGUGCUGGAUAUUUGAAAGUGCCCCCGACGCGGAUGCGCGUGUGAACGCCUUUGACAAAUGGUUUUUCUGGAUCACUACGGGUGGGAACUUUGGUGUGUGGGUGCUUCUGGUGAUUUUUAACGUGAUGUCCUCGAGGCUGCCGAUGACCGUCAUUGGGGCUGUGCUGGGCGGGGCGAACUUCAUAGGAUUUUUAAAGUGUAGCCGAGAUGCAAAGAAGCGGGUGACACAGUUUAUGCUGGGACAAGCCGCACAGCAGCACAACCUGGUGCGCGAGGCGGCGGGGGUGUUUUAA